UCCGGAGAGAUGAGAAUCAUCGGUGAUGUGCAUGUGCACUGGCCUCGGGGAGGACAACACAAGGUUUAUCCUUCUUUUCGUUGUCCUAGUAGUGUACAUGUUAACUGGAGCUGCACUCUUUCAACAACUAGAAGCUGACCUUGAAGUUCGACAGGCGGCAGAAUUUUGGCGCGUAUAUCAUACUUUUCGAAGACAUCAUCUACAACGUGGGCCGGUCGCUAUACAAAGAUUAGACGAACUGUUGUAUGCUUAUGGAAACGCGUCAUCAUCAGGCAUCAUCAACAAAAGUCGACGAUGGGAUUUUUCUGGAAGUUUUCACUUCGUGAGCACCAUUGUUUCCACAAUUGUCAUCAUGGUGCACUUAAACGAAGCAACGGAAGACCUUAUGGGCCAAUUAAUGAAGGUGAACAUUUUUCAUCGUCUGGAGAAGCUUGAAAUGGCAAAAGAUGACGAAAAAACGUUCCUUGAUCCAAACGUGGUAAUGGAUGAGAGACAUCGAACACUACGAGAAAAUUUUCUUCUUACAUCCGCAGAACGCUCAGCUUUGGCUGAAGCGAAAAGAUCGUUUACAGAAGAAGAGACGAAAGAAUUAUAUAUGAAGAAGCAACAACGAUACUUCGACAGAGAACUAAAGAAAUUUGAAAUGGAAUUGCGCAGAUCUCGGCCGAAGUUCUCGAAACAUUCUUCGUACCGGAAAAAAAAUCUGGCGCCAUCGAAUGAUGAGAACUUUUGGGAAACGUUUAAAAGAAUAAGAAGCAAGCCAAAUAUAGGAGGAAAACCAGAGAAGAAUAAAGGAAUUACGGAUACUGUUCGAAAAGAAAAUACAGUAACAGAGAUUCCAAAGGACAAAAAUGAAAUACCAAGUUCAGGAAACAUCAAAGUAACGAUUAAAGAUAAACUUAAUUUCGAACCGCAAACACAACGUUUACAUCUUUUAAAAAAGUAUUUCGAUAUUCUGAGAGAAAAUGCAUUAGAAGAACAACGAAUUCGAGACAUUAAAACCAAGAUUCGACAAAACAUGAUUUCAAAACUAACAAGAAAGUAUUUCGAUAUUUGGAGAACACGAGUGAAAUGUAAAAAAAUCACCGAAUCGAAAAACACACAGGUGAAAGAAAUAUUGGAAGAACGAAGAAUAGAAUUGUUCAUAAACGCUGUUACAGAACGUCAAAAAGAAUUAAUGAAAAGUCGUAAACCGAAAAACAGAGUGGUUGUAAAAGAAUCGAACAGUGCAUGUUCGAAAAAGAAAAACGUACACUGUAAGCACGUUAUCGUGGAGUCGCCGGCACAAAACCGAUUGAUCGCGCAGAAACGGAUUAUAGAGAAGCAGAAAGCUAAAUUGGAUGAACAGAACAGGAUUAUUGAGGAAUUGAAAUUGAAACAGAUGCAAGAAGAGAUAUCUAAGGCGAGUAAGGAGACGGUGAAUAUGGCGAAAGAGACGUUCACGCAUCUGGGUCAAAGGACAAGAAGAACUUUGAUUCACUUGAUGAAACAAUCUGGAUAUAGGGACGAAAACUUAACGGAACCCCGUCAACCAUCCGCUCCGCCAGAAUUUUUGUUAAGGAUGGAAGCUCGAGCAGAGGCCAGACGAAAAAGAGUUAAACUAGCAGAGGAAUCGCGCAGGAAGAGAUUGGAGGAGCAGAAAAGAAAGGAAGAAGCUGCCAGAAUGGAGGAGGAACAGACGAAGAGAAGAUUAGAACGAGAGGCUUUGGCCGAGACGAAAAGAUUAAGGAAAGAGCGGGAAGAACAUCGUUUACGCGAAAUCGAAAGGUUUCAGAAAUUAAAUUGUAUAGCAGAUGAAUUUUACAGAAAGUGUCUGUUAAGACAUUGUAUGAGACCAUUGAUAGAACUUAUAGAAUUAAAUAAGAAAAAUAUGAAAAAAGCUGAAGACCAUUAUCGAGAACGGUUGACGUGGAAGGCAUUUACAGCUUGGAAAAAAGAAGCUGAAACUCGAUGUAUGAUUAAAACUGAACUCGCUAACUCGAUCUAUAGUAAAAAUUUGAUAAUAAGAAUAUUUGAACAAUGGAGAGACACGGUCAAGGAAGCGAAUCUCAAGUACCAAGUUGCCACAGAUUUUCAUGACAUGAAACUUUUAGACAAAUAUUUUAAAUUAUGGCAUAUAAAAACUGUUGAAUUUAAAACAGAAGAGGAGAAGAAAAUCCAGAUAGCUUAUAGUCAUUACGAAAAUCGAUUAAAAAUUAAAUACUUCAACGUUUGGAAGAAGUAUAUCACGAUAGUGGCUGAUAUUAAAGAAAGCGAAAAGAGGAAAGACGAAUUACGGCAAUUAGUUCAGAAGGUGAUUCCUGAUUUUAAUCCUAAACAGAGAGGCGUAGCUCUGGAAGAUUAAAAUUAAUUCGAGAUACUAAAAGUGGAAUAUAAGAAUUGCAUAAAUGCGGAUUUAUACAACGCGAUGAUUG